AUGGACAGCAGAAUGGCAGCAGCGUCGUCGCCGCCUGCAUCGUCGGGGGCAUCGACAGAUUCGGGUGAAAAAGCAGCAGAACUGACGGCGGCAACCCCAUCUCGGCUCUCCCGUUUCUUCGCGACAAGGCGGAAGACAAAAAUGACCGCCCUCGCUUUUGUCAUUCUCGGCAUCGUCGCCAUUGCCGUCGCUGUGCCGGUGACCGAGCACGCCAAGGUGUCGCACAGAGCGCAGAAUACUUUCAUCUCUGCAGCAUCUGGUGUGACGUUACUCGUUGACAACGACCUUUCUGGCGGUGCGUCAACUAGACCUGCCCUACUGUUGCUGAGCCCACGCAACUAUUUCAGCGCCGAAGCGGACUGCAAGGCACUUGGGGAGGAGCUCUGGGGCGUCGGAGACAGCUCAACUGCCGCCGUCAAGAGCAUCCAGCCCUUGCUGGACUACCUCGUGUACUUGAGCCAAGCCGGCCCGACCUCCCGCUUUUGGAUCAGCGCCACCCAGGAUGCUACCGGCAAUAGCAGCUCUGCUGCGCCGGCCUCGUGGCGCACCGUCGACGCCAGCGGCAACAUUGCCGCCUUUAAUGGCAGCGAGGUCGUCGACACGACCAACGUGACACUCUCAGCGCUGUGCACGCAGUCGGCACCCUAUUCGAACCGCUCAUCUGUGAACACCGACCCGGCAUGGACCGUCUCUGUUCGCGCCUCGGUCGACCGUCCUGACAAUGGCGCCAACGGCGUCGCACAGGUCGUGGGCCGCCGUGAUCACAACUCCUUCCGCUUCCUUGGCCUCCGCUACGCGCCCCAGCCAGUGCGGUUCACCUACUCCACGCCCUACUGGAACCGCACCACCAGCGCCACGUUCAACAGCACCUCAACCACAAACAACACUGUACUGCCCAUCGUCAACGCCACGAAAUCCGGCUCGGCGUGCGCGCAGGCAGGUGGCGUGGGUUCUGAGGACUGCUUGUACCUAAACGUGUUCACUCCCUACCUGCCGGCCCCUCAGCAAGGAUCCCUUUCGUCGCCGGCUGCGUCUGCAUCCACACCGGGAGUAGCGCCGGCGUUGCGCCCCGUCAUGUUCUGGAUGCACGGUGGCGGUCUGACGGGCGGCACUGGCUCGGAUCCGACCAACGAUGGCGGCAACCUCGCCUCGCGCGGUGACGUCGUCGUUGUGACCAUCAACUACCGCCUCUCGACGCUCGGCUACCUGGCUCUGGAUAGCGAGCAUGGUGGACUCAACGGCAACUACGGCCUCUCGGACCAGAUCCUCGCACUCGAUUGGGUCCGUGACAACAUUGCGGCCUUUGGAGGCGAUCCGGAACGCAUCACCAUCCUCGGCCAGUCCGCUGGUGCCGGCUCCGUGCGCGCCAUGAUGGCCUCGCCGCUGGCCCUCGGCAAAUUUGCGGCUGCGCUGCUCAUGAGCAACCUGGGCGGUCUCAACUAUGGCACUUCGUACUCCGAGUACUACACCAUUGACAACGUCAUGAACGCCUCGAGCAACGCCGUCCUCCAGGCCGCAAACUGUACAACCGGCGGGGCCGACGGCACCGCAGCCAACUCCACAGCAGAGGCAAUUGUCGAUUGCCUGCGCGCCAUACCUGCAAAAAAACUCGUUGGCCUCAGGGCGGUCGCGCGCUUCAUUGUCGUUGACGGCACGUAUAUCCUGUCGGACCAACUGCAGCUCGGCGCAGUCAACACGACCGUCAACAACACAGCGGCGCCGUACAAGCUCAUGAUGGGCACCAUGCGCGACGACGGCGCCCCUUUUAUCGACUUUCCUUCCCAGCAGGCGUCCCUCGCCGACGCCACGAGCGCUGAAUCGACGUACCUAUCGUCACAAGGCUACAAGAACAUCUCGUCCGACCUGUUUCCCAUCCCCACGACCAAUGUCAACGCCACGCUCGACCUGUACAACAUGAGCUCGCGUCUGUCGACCGACGCCGUUUUCCGCUGCAUCGACGAGGCCACUGUCUAUGCAGGUCUCCAGAGCGGCAUCUUUGACGCAGCCUACUACUACGAGUUUGACCGCUCGUACCAGACCACGGGUUGGCCGGGCACCAACGUCUGCGCACCCGACGCCACCGAUGCCCACCCAUUCGGUGAUCCCAGCCUGCCCUACUUCCGCUGCCACUCAGGCGAGCUGUACUAUGUGUUUGGAAACGUUGCGCGCAUGGGCCUGCCCUUCCGCGACGACGGCGACCAGCCCUUUUCGCAGUACGUCCUCGAUAGCUUUGCCGCCUUCGCCCGUACCUACUCGCCCAAUCCGGACGCCGACUUUCUCACGGCCCGCGGCUUCACCAACACGACCGCCAUGGUCAAGGCAAGCGGUGCCUGGACCGCCUCGACCCUGCUCAAGGGCGUGUCGGUGCGUCUGCUCGAUUGGCCCGCCAGCAGCCAGGCCGAGUUACGCGAACAGCCGCAGUGCGAGUCGCUGGGUCUUGGUCUGUAUUACUACCUAUAA